AUGAGGGACGGGGGGGCGGGGCGCGCUGAGAAGAGCGAGGGGCUGCUGCCUCCCGAGUUCCGCUCCUUCGCCGUCGACCCGCAGAUCACGUCGCUGGACGUGCUGCAGCACAUCCUGGCCCGUGCCUUCGACCUCCAGGGGAAGAAGAGCUUCUCCGUCAGCUUCGCGUCCCGCGACCCCCAAGGCCAGGAGACCUUCGUGCCGCUGCUGAGCGAUGGCGACCUGGCGGCCGCCUUUGCCUGCGCCCGGCCCACCCUGCGCCUGCGCCUCGAUGUCCGGCCUCCCGCUGAAAGCCCGCUGCUGGAGGACUGGGACAUCAUCAGCCCCCGGGAGGUGGCAGCGGUGGAACCCCUCCCCGAGCGCCGCUCGCUCCUGGCUGCAGCGCUGCCCUUCACCCAGGCCCUGCUGGCACAGGUGGGCCGAACCCUGGCCCGGGCGCAGGCAGCCCUGGCGUGGCCGGAGGGCUCCCCUCCCUCGCCCCCCCCGCCACCGCCCCCCUGCGCCCCCCUGAGCGACGCCGACCUCCGCACCUACUUGGGCCCCGGCGGACGGCUGCUGCGGCCCCACGACCUGCGGCUCCACGUCUACCACGGCGGUGUCGAGCCCGGCCUGCGCAAGGUGGUCUGGCGGUACCUGCUGAACGUCUUCCCGGCGGGACUGUCGGGGCAGGAGCGACUGGCCCACCUGCGACGCAAGGCGGGCGAAUACGCGGCGCUGAAAGCCCUCCUGGCCGCCCGGGCGGCCCCGGCUGAGCUGGCGCUGGUGGGGGCGGCCGUGCGCAAGGACGUGGUGCGCACCGACCGGGGGCACCCUUAUUUUGGGGGCCCUGAGGAGGGACACCCCCACCUGGCCGCCUUGCAGGCUCUGCUCACCACCUUUGCCCUGGGUCACCCGCGCCUCUCCUACUGCCAAGGCAUGUCGGACGUGGCCGCUCCGCUGUUGGCCGUGCUGGACGACGAGGCCCAAGCCUUCCUCUGCUUCUGCGCCCUCAUGCGCCGCCUCGGACCCCGCUUUCGCCCUGGCGGCCGGGGGCUGGCCCGCGCCUUUGCCCACCUCCGACGCCUCCUGCGCCGCGCCGACCCCCCUUUCUGGGCUUUCCUGGCUGCCCGCGGCGCCCACGAUCUCCUUUUCUGCUACCGCUGGCUGUUGCUGGAGCUGAAGCGGGAAUUCGCCUUCGAGGAUGCCCUGCGGGUGCUGGAGAUCACCUGGAGCUCGCUGCCACCCGCUCCGCCUCCCCCACCGGACGGCAUUCCCCUCCUGGGAGCGCCCCUGGGGCCUCGCCGGGCUUGCCGAGGGCUGCGGGGGGAGAGCGAGGCCCCCGCGGAGGCGGCUGGCGGCCGAGGCGGGCACGAGGCCCGCGGGGACGGCCAGGAGAGUCCCAGGAGCUCCGGCGGCGACGUCCAAGUGGGUUCCAAAGCCUCCGUGGACGUCCCAGAGGCUCCCGGCAAAGACCCGGAGAAACCAAAGAGCUCCAGCGACAUCCAAGAGGGUUCUGAGAGCUCCGGGAACAUCCAGGAGGGUCCCAAGAGUUUUAGGGAUGACCAAGAGGGUCUCGAGAGUUCCACCGAUGUCCAGGGUGGCUCCAAGACCUCUGGGAGCGACCACGAGAAGCCUGAGGUCUCUGGGGACGUCCAACCUAGUCUGGACGGCUCCCGGAAUGACCAAGAGGAUCCGAAGGUCUCCCGGGAUGCCAAGGUCCCCAGGGAUAGCCAGGGUGGCCUUAAGGCCUCUGUGGAGGUCCAAGGUGGUGCUAAGGUCCCCAGGGGUAUCCGAGAGGAUCCCAAAGUCUCCAGCGAUGGUGGCCGAGACCCUGCUGGCCCCAAGGACGUCCAAGAAGACCCUGAUGCGUCUAAAGAGGUUGACCGAGACCCUGAUGUUCCCAAGGAGGUCAACGAAAAUGCCAGCGCUCUGAAGGAAAUCGGCGAACAACCCGACGUCUACAAGGUGGUUCGCGGAGACCCCGACGUCUUCAGGAAACCCGGCAAAGACGCCAACGUCGGCGCUGAGCCCAGCGUCUUCAAGAAGACUCGCGAAACUCGGAACGUCUCUAAGAAGUCAAGUGAAAACCUGAACGCCCCGGAAAAGGUCGGUGACGACCACAGUCGCCGAGUUUCCAAGAGGGUUGGGCAAGACCCCGAUGUGCCCAAAGAGACCGGGAAAGACCCCAAAGAGACCGGGAAAGACCCCGAGGUCCCCAAAGAAGUUGGUGACGCUCCCAAAGAGGUUGGCAACGCCCCCAGCUCCCCGAGAGAGGUUGGUGAAGACCCCGGCGAGGUACGUGAUGACCCCCGCGCGGGCAGAGAGGCUGCUGACGCCCCCGAGGACCCUUGGGGGGGCGGUUGGGCCUGGGAGGACUCGUGUUCCUCUUCCUCCUCCUCCGCCUCCUCCUCCUCGUCCUCGGAGGAAGAGGUGGGUCUGGAGGACGACGGGGCGCCGCUACCGCCGCCGGAGGAAUUGGGGCAGGGGAACCCCUUCCUCCUCUUCCUCUGCUUGGCCAUGCUGCUGGAACAACGGGAAGCCGUCAUGGCGCGGGCCGGGGAUUACAACGAGGUGGCCAUGCAUUUCGACCGCCUGGUGCGACGGCACCACCUGCCCCGCGUCCUGCGCCGCGCCAAGGGGCUUUUCGCUCGUUACCUGGAAGGUUGGGGGGGGGCACCCCCGGGAGGGCCCCCCACGGGCUAG